GUUGAGAUAUCUCCGUCUAUGCUUUUGUUGGUUUCCAUUCAUCUCCCUACCGAUUUCCAAUUUUUCCAACGCAUUCGUUAUGGCAAGCGCCGUGAAAGGGCCUCUGGGCCGUUUUCGAAAACACGAGUCUCACGCGCCGCUGCAUGAGCGAUGGGGUGAUGUAGGCAUCACGGUUCCAACAACCGGUUCAUGGAAUCAAUACGAGAUUCCUCAUCAGUCGUCGCUCCGAAGGGCGGCCUACGGCCCGGGCUUUGUGCCUUCCAGCUCUCGUCGUGGCCACGAUGACGAGACGGCCCCUUUGACACAGCCUGAUCAUCACACCGCCAGGCCCAGCUUAUUGUCCGUCAAAGCGCUGAACCCUCGUCGACUGUCUGUGCGUCUCAAUCCGCUACCCAAGAACUCAACCGACUACCCGAGGGAAAACGACCAACAACCUACCACGAAAGCCGAACGCAGACGGUCUCAGUUCGCCUACAAGCCAAUCCAGCAGGACUACCUCACCGAAAUUGCCGAAAAGACAGCCUAUUUGGAGCCCCGUUCUCCGCGCUUUAGAUACAUCCCUGCUGGGGUGCAAUUUACGGAAGAGCUUAGAGCUAUAUCACCACAGCCACAGUCUAGCCGCCGCGAGAGUUCCUACAGUCACUCUGAUGAGGAUCUCGCGGAACGGCGAUCAAGACCUCGCGGCCGUCAUGCCCAUAUCCAGGAUGCAUUCAGUGACGAAUUGAGCGAGGAGGAGCAUCGCCACAACAGACAGUCCCGAUCCUUGGCCUGUCCGCGCCGAAGCGAGGCGAGCAGUAGCCGACGCGCCUGCGCCUCGGUUGAAAGGGGUAGCAAGCUGUCGACAGAGAAAAGGGCGACCCGACUCGGAAAAUACAUGACUACAGCCAUGGUGCCUGAUCCAGACCAGCUGUACGAAUAAUGAAAUCUCAGCAUUGCAUUUUACGUCGAUCAUGCCGUGACGGCCUAAAGAACCAGACUAAAUGAUUAUUGCAUAGCAUUGUUCUUGGCAUGGCGUUGGUGGCUAAAUCGAUUUCACUCCUAAACAUCCGGGGAAAUGCGGUAGCAACUUACUAGUAUAAUCAAAUCAUAUAUUGUUAUCAUUGCCUUGCCUUUACAUGAUCGAUAUAACUAGUUGGGACAUUGAUUAUUCAUGGCGGUUCAAUUACUAAUAGACCCUCGGGCGACUUGACUGACGUCAACCUGACGGGGCUCACAGCAACCUUCCCCAAUUGGC